UCCUUCUAGAACUUAACACCCCUUUCAUUUCAUCUAAAAUAUACUUGUAGCAUCAAUAGACACUAACUAGUCCAAUAAUUGAACUCUUUGCUCUAUUCAUCAAACCAAGAACUUUCCAAGAUGCAACUCAAAUUUCCUCAUUGGAUUUUAUCUCUCUAUUUACUAAUAUUAAUGAUUUGUUAUGCAAUUGGAGAAAAAACAGAAUUCAAGCAAACCAAUGAAAAUAUUGUUCAUCAUCAUGAUUCAACAACACCCCACAUGGAUCAUUCGGUUCUUGUAUUCUUCACACCUAACGAACUUAAAAUCGGAAACAAAAUUCAAGUCUAUUUCAAAAAAAUCACCCCUUCUUCAAAUACCCCUCAUUUUCUUCCUAAAGAAGAAGCUAAUUUAAUACCCUUUUCACAUUCAAAUCUUAGUUUUUUGAUUCAACUUUUUGGGUUUCCCAAAUCUUCUUCACAAGCUCAAGCCAUGGAAGAUACCCUUAAACAAUGUGAAAUGAGUCCAAUCAAAGGAGAAACUAAGUUUUGUGCUGCAUCUUUAGAAUCUAUGCUUGAUUUUGUGCACCAAAUCUUUGGAUUAAACACCCAAUUUAAAGCUUUAAGCACAAAAAAUAGUGGAUUAUUGGAUAAUAUCUUGCAAAAUUAUACAAUAAUGAAUGAACCAAAGGAAGUUUUGGCACCAAAAAUGGUUGCUUGUCAUACCAUGCCAUACCCAUAUGUUGUGUAUUAUUGUCAUUACCAAGUAAGUGAAAGUAAGGUUUUUAAAGUAACAUUAAUGGGUGAAAAUGGUGAUGGGGUUGAAGCUGUUGCAGUUUGUCAUAUGGAUACUUCUCAAUGGAGUUCUAAUCAUGUUUCGUUUCGGGUUUUGGGGAUAAUGCCCGGUUCAUCUCCGGUUUGCCAUUUCUUUCCUGCUGAUAAUCUUGUUUGGGUUCCAUUGAAUGAUGGUGAUGAGGGUUUUGGAGAUGAUGGUUUGAGUAGUGUUGUGUGAUGGGUUGGUUUGUUGGUAAUUGUAGUUGGUGAAUAAGCGAUCUUUCUGUAAUGUUUGUGUUGUUGUAUUAGUGUAUCAAUGAAAUAUGAAAUGAUCCAAUUUGUGUAUGAAAUGGGGAUUUUGUUUCAUUAAUGGUUGAUCAAAAAAAAAAUUUGAUGCAUGCCCCUUGUUUAUGUAGGAUUUUUUUGCGAAUAAUAGUUUUAAUGUUUUUGCGAAUUACAACUAUUUAUUGACCAUUAAAGUCUCUCUUGAUGGAAACCCCCUCCUCGGCGACCCUCCUCCUCGGCAACAGAGCGUUCCUGACCAUAGACAAGGUAGGUAGGGAUGUAACUAAUUUGGUGAAAAAUCGAACACCAAACUAAACCAAACCGAAUAAACAAUUUAGUUUGGAGAUAUUUUAAAUAUGUGAAAAUACAUAAGAAAGACUAAAAAAAAGAGCUAUACAAUGAAACAGUAGCAAAGACUUCACCAUUACUGCUUCCAAGAAGUUUUUAUGCUCCUCAUCUUUUAGUACUUUAUUACAGAAGAGAAAGAUUUUACAAUCUAUUUUAGAAAAGAGGUAAAACUAGAUACAAUUAUUCAUCCAAAUGAGAAGCAUACAU